AUGACCAACCAAGUCUCCCCAGACUCCGCAAACUCCUCAUUCUCCCCGGUCCCCCACUAUCAUCUCGUCCCCUUCAUCCCUCAAUUCCCUCACUAUCUUAAAGUCUCCCAGUAUUCCAUGCCUUUGACCCCCCUGACGAACGAAAACGCCCAAGAUUUCCUUCCGCGCGAGGCCCGCAUUUUCGUUGGGAACCUACCCGUCUGGCUGGAACAUGAUGAAAUGGUCCAGAGUCUGCGAGACAUUUUCAGCCGUUUUGGACCUUGCUAUAUAAAGUUCCGGGAACAUAUGUCGAAACCCUCGGCAUUUGUGCAGUUUCCGGAGGAGUAUCAAGCUGGAGAAGCUAUCCAGCAUAACAGACAGAUUUUUUUGGAAGGCAGGCCUCUGAGAAUUGAGCCUGCCAACGGGAGAGUGCCUCAGCAGGGACAGAUGCCGGCGCCGGGUUAUGAGUAUUAUCCUUUUGCCGGACCACAGAUGCCGGUGCCGGGUUACGAGUAUAACCAUUAUUUCGCACCACCUCCAGUCUAUUACAAUUCGUACGGUAAAGAUACUGAUGGUAGGUGGGGUCAGGAUCAAGGCUGGUUUUGA